AUGUCCGACCGUGAAGGCCGGUAUUUUGCGAACGACCUUGGGACUGGCCUGGCAGACUCGCCCUCAAGCGUCGAGUCAUGGACCGAUCUUAACGCUGUGAACAUGGCUGCAACCGCUGGAACGAGUGUGGUGCCUGCUACAGGCGCCAGUGCCGGCAGCGAUGACCCCUCGCUCGGUCAACGGAUCGUGUCCGCGGCAUGCGGCAAUAUCCUGACUUCGCUCCUCGUGACACCUCUUGAUGUGGUCCGGGUUCGUCUGCAAUCGCAGUCGACGCAGGUCCUGAAUCUCUCGCCCUUCAACUCCCACACAACCCAAACCCUCAAAAAUUUCCCGCCAAACCUCGGUGUGACUGCGUGCUGUCGAGAAGUCUUCUGGGUUGGAGAUAAUGCUCAAAUGUGCAUGGUCGGCCAUAACGCGGGGACUCUGGGCAGCGGCCCGGCUGCAGCGGCCGAGUGCGCUGUCGAGGAGACGCAGCGCAGGACAUUCACGUCAACCCUGGAUGGACUACGAAAGAUCGCCCGUAAUGAAGGGACCUUGACGCUGUGGCGUGGGUUAAGCCCGACGCUGAUGAUGGGGAUCCCGGGGAAUAUCAUUUAUUUUGCCGGGUACGACUGGCUACGCUCCGAUGACCGUAGCCCACUGAAGCAACAUGUGCCCGAGGUGUACGCCCCCUUAAUUGCCGGAUCUGUUGCUCGAGUGGUCGCUGCGACGGCCAUCAGUCCGAUUGAGAUGUUUCGUACCCGACUCCAGGCAACUCCGGGCCAUGGAGCAGGUCACUUCCGUGCGACACUGCAAGGCCUCCACCAGAUGACCCAGACGGGGGGUUACAGUUCUCUCUGGCGCGGGCUGACGCUGACCAUGUGGCGCGAUGUCCCCUUUUCGGGGAUGUACUGGUGGGGGUAUGAGGAAGUGAAGAAGGCUCUUACCGAAGUCCGCACGCGAUCCCACGGUCACAUUCUCGUCGAACCAGAGAACCGGACCAAUACCUCCGCCUGGCUGGACAGCUUCAUUGCCGGAGCUGCCUCGGGCUCCCUGGCCGCCUUCGUGACAACACCCUUUGACGUGGGCAAAACACGCCAACAGGUCUUCCGACACAUGGGCGACGGCCUACCGCAGUCGUCCGCCGCCGCCGCCGCAGAAGCAGUCACCCACCCGGAACAGCUCUCGCUGCCCCGAUUCCUCAUGCACAUCUUCCGGGAAGAAGGGAUGGCCGGUCUCUUCCGCGGCUGGGUUGCUCGCUGCCUCAAAGUGGCCCCCGGUUGUGCCAUCAUGAUCUCAACCUACGAAGCCGGCAAGAUGAUGGCCCGCAAUGUCAACGAACGCAGAAACUCCGUCUCGGAAGACGUUUGA